AUGUUGAGCAAAGAAAGCGUUGUGUCUGUACUUCAGUCCGAUGGCGGCCGAGUGAGCAAAGCCAAUCUUGUGGCUCGCUUUCAAAGCGCGCUGGAGUGUCACGACCACGACGAGAGGGCUCGCAACAGGGAACUCUUCAAAAACCUCGUCAACAGCGUCGCUUACGUCAAACGAGGCGAUGACGGUGUCCAGUACGUACUGCUUAAGAAAGCGUACCUUAUUGGAAAACAACAAGAUGGACAGUCCGGGACUUUGAGCAGUGCCGAGAGGGAAGAGAAAGACAAGAAGGGUCAGGAAGGAGCACCUGAGAACUUUAAGGACUCAAGGAAUUCUUCUGGACUGGAGCAGGAAGGUUAUGUGGAGCACGAUUCACCUGAAACCGUUGCGAGUGCAUCGAAACAUUCUGGACAGGAAGAGGAAGGUCAGCAGAAGGAUUCCAAAAGUUGGACUGCAAAGGAAGAAGACGACAGCUCGCUGGUGACACUUCCACUCAAGACUGCGGAGCCCUCAAAGAGUCGAUCCGAAGAGGAAUCCACUGAACAUCUAUCUCCUUUCGAGCUAGCGUUGCAGAGGAGCAAAUAUUCUGAUAUGAGAAUUAAGCAGCCAUUGAAGGUAGAGGGGGCUACCAAACCGUACGCCUUGCCUCUGAGGAUGCCCCCCACGAGCAAGGUGGAGUUCAAACCAAAAGUGGACCCGGACGAGCCCCUUAAACUCGAUUCCGUCCGAAGCAAGGUGAAGACCUCUAAAGAGUCCAACGAGUCCAGAACCCCCUCGGCGGUUCCGCUUGAGCAUUCGGAGCACGAGUGGUUGGUCAAGUGCGCCUCGGGCCAAUGGAGCCAGGUCUACGGGCUCCUCCUGAAGGACCGUCAUCUGGCCAGCAAGCGGGACUUCAUGUCGGGCUUCACCGCCCUGCAUUGGGCGGCCAAGUGCGGCAAUAGCGACAUGCUGGUGAAGAUCCUGGACGCGUCGCAGACACCCGGCACGGGCGUGGACGUCAACGCCCGGAGCAACGGAGGCUACACGGCUUUGCACGUGGCCGCCCUGCACCGGCAGGACUACGUGGCAGCCAUGCUAGUGGGUGAGUACGGUGCCAACGUGAAGGUCCGCGAUAACUGUGGCAAGAGGGCGUACCAUUACCUACACCGGGACACGGCGCAGAGCGUCAAGGAGAUGCUGGGAGCGCCCAAAUUUGAGCAAUCUUCUAACUGGCCAGAAGGGGUCGAGAUCUUGCCGGAACUGUCCAAAAAGAAUUCCAUAAGCCGCAUCUUCCAGCCGCAUCUGUCGGCGCAAAGGAGGAAGCACAAGUCGAGGACGGCCUUCUUGUCUCUGGAUGAAGAGCCCGAGGAUCAACGACGCGAUUCAGCGUUCAGGCAACGACGCACUUCAGAUGCUUUUGCGUAG